GUUUUUGUUUCAUUUGUAUUUACUAUAAUCACUAAAUAUUCAAAUGCUUCUUACACCACCUAGUCAGGCUGAACAUGAUGCUGCCCAAGGACUUGCUGACUUGAGAGAAUAUUGUAUAUCACCCGAAUCAAGAAAUACCCCACAACACAAUUAUGGCAUGACCACACCUUCUUCUGUCACUAGUCCAUUUGAAAACCAAGACUCAAACAUACUUUUGUUUUCGACUUUUCCGGAACAAAAGAUGCCAUUGAAUAAAACUCGGCUUGAGCCUAUCCGACAAGUUCUUGCACAUAAUUCAACAAGUAUCCCUACGAUGGCAUUGGCUCCUAUCCAACAACCGUCUCAUAUGUCUCGGCAUGAUCAUAGUCCCAUGGAACCUUCUUUAUCUCCUUCAACUAAGCAUUCAUCUUAUCAACUUCGUCACUGCUUCAUACAUCAUCAUCAAUGCAUUAACCAACAUUCUCACCAUAACCAUUAUCAUUCCCAACAAGCUUUAUCAGAUUCAUUUUACGACCGCCUUCGCAUGGCUCGUUUACCGACACUUUCUCAAAAAUAUACAAUCAAUAAAUAUCAUAUUUAUCAACAAAACAUAGCCCAAGAUACCCCAAAGUCUAUUAAAUCCUUUGAAGAAGAAGAUUUGAUGGAAACAACUUUUCCAAUUCAAAACAGUCCUGAUUCCUAUAAAGCCAGCAAGAAUGGAAAAGAAAAACCUCGUUGGACUGCAGAAAUGAGAACUCUUUUGUUAAAUGCGGUUGUGAACCAUAAAGGACUGUCUGAUAUGACUUCGUUUGACUGGGCAGCCGUUGGUCUAGAAGUAGGUCGAUCUGGAAAAGCAUGCAAAGAUCAAUGGAGAAGAGCUAUUUUACCCAGAAUACAAAGGAUUUUUGACAAUGAUCACAUAGAAUAAUAAAAUAAAUCAAUUCUCUCUCUC